AUGGAGGGCGUGGUUUCCGAAGAGCUCCGGCAGCGAAUAGAGCGCAUCCUCGCCUUUCCGGUGGAGGGCGGGGCGGGGGGGCAGGGCGAACACCUCCCCGAGACUCCGCCCACUCCCAGCACCCGCAUUGAAGCCACCAGAACGCCGGCAGGAGGACUCCUUCAGGAUUAUUUGGACCAACUGGAUCCUGAGGAGGAAGAGGAACUGAUGUUUCAGGGGUCUGAAAGCGAAGAAAACGAAGACGACGACGACCUCUUGUACGACCCUGAGAAGGAGACCUACACGACCCCUUACUUGCUCUUCCUGCAGCACGCCAAGUCGAGGAGGAGGGACUUCGCGACGCAGCCUGCGGACCUCACGGACGACUUGGCACAGAACGGCGAGGCUAGCUCCUUCAGGGACGACGAGGAGGGGGGUCGCGAAGGGGCAAGGGGUCGUACCGGACACCGAACGAUAUCCAGCGUCGUCGAGACCACCAGGACGACCACUUCCGCUGACCCGACGACUCUCAAGGAUGACCAGGAACUUACUGAGACCGGAGGCGGGGGUGACUCCUUGGCCGUACCUGCUGGUGCCACGACGGCGCCCUUCGUCCCGUCCGUGAAGGCGCUGCGGAAUGAGAAGGAGGAGGACCCGGCGUCGGGGGGCAGCCAGGAGGAGGAGGAGGAGGAAGAAGAAGACGAGGAGGAGGAAGAGGAGAAUGGCGUCGCAGGGGAAGAAGGAACGAAGGAAGGGAAGACGAAAGAGAGCAAGAAAAAGAAGUCCACGAAGAAAAAGAAGAGCAAAAAGAAGAAAAAGAAGAAAGGCGCCAACGAAGCGAAUGGAGGAGACGAGAAGGGCGACAAAGACGACGAAGGAGCAGACGAUACAGCAGAAGAAACCGUUAGGAAGAACGAGGAGAAACUGAGGAAAUCCGUCGCCCUCGCGCUCUUCAGGGACUUCGCCAAGACGGUGUUCGCCAAGAAUCAGCCAGGGUUCAAGCUGUUCGACGGCUUCGAGGAACUGCCGGAAGGAUCCAAGGAUUCGGACGAGGCGAGAAAUUAGGAAGGAGUGCGCGGGGGGAAAGAAAAUGGCGCCGAGAGACAGGGAGAGAGAAGGAGAAAGGAAAUAUGCUAAAGAUGAGUUACAAGCAAGACAGAGGUCGAAAAGGGCUUUUUCUGUUUUUAAUUAUUGAUUGUUCUUAGGAUGGAAAUCUUUAGGGCUGCAGUGGUUUUACAUCAAGGUAAAAGAGAGCAGCGGAUAACUGGUGUGAAUAGAUCCGACUAUGGAGAGU